GAAGAAGAAGAAGAAGAAGAAGAAGAAGAAGAAACAAAACGAGACUUACACAAACAACGAAAAUGUACUGACACAGGCCCAAAACUGGCCCUGCUGAGAUGGAUUUGGCUCCGACAUCAUGCAGUCCCAGCUAUGCAAAUGAAUGCAGAUCAGCAGACUUCACAUCACCAGGGCUGGACAUCCAGCAGUUGACUGGUCGUCAAGGAGACCGUCCCCCUCAGCCACAGGGUGGGAGCUCCACUUGGGAGCAGGAGGAGACACAUCCUAUUAAAGAGGAGGAGGAGCCACAGCCCCCUCUUAGUAAAGAGGAAGGAAUGGAGCCCCACAUUAAAGAGGAAGAGGAGGAGAAGCCACAGCCCCCCGAUGUUAAAGAGGAAGAGGAAGAACUCUCGAUCACUCAGGAGGGAGAGCAUCUUCCAGGGCCAGAGGAGGCUGAUCUCGCCAGGUUGCCACUGACUGGUGUCCCUGCAGUGACUAAAGACCAUGAAGACAAACCACCUGAGCUCUCACAGCUUCAUCAUCAUCCAAGUGAGGAGAUGAGCGAGGCGGAGCCUUCAUGCAGCAGCUCACUGCAACACAUGACAACAGAAGCUGAUGGAGACCACUGUGGAGGAUCACAAGCAGACAACCUCUUUGCUCCACUGUCAGAUUUUGACGACACAACGUCACACUCUCCUGAAGGUGAAGACAGCGACUACAACCAAGAAUCUCUGAGCAGCGAUACAGACUGUGAAGGUGAUAUGAUGACUUACACUGGCAACAAACACUCUGAAAGCUCUAAAAAGACAACAGCUAAACUUUUGAACUGCUCAGUUUGUCAUAAAAGAUUUUCUUGUAAGAGUCAUUUGGCUCAACACAUGAGAACACACACAGGAGAAAAACCUUACAAUUGCUCACACUGUGGUAAACGCUUCACUUUAAAGACAAACAUGAGAAGACACAUGAUAACACACACGGGAGAAAAACCUUUCAGUUGCUCAGACUGCGGUACAAGCUUCACUCACAAGACAUGCAUGCAAUCACACAUGAGAACACACACAGGAGAAAAACCUUUCAGUUGCUCAGACUGCGGUAAACGCUUCGCUGUAAAGACAAACAUGAGAACACACAUGAGAACACACACGGGAGAAAAACCUUACAAUUGCUCACACUGCGGUAAAGGCUUCACUCAAAAGACAAGCAUGCAAAUACACAUGAGAACACACACAGGAGAAAAACCUUUCAGUUGCUCAGACUGCGGUAAACGCUUCGCUGUCAAGACAAACAUGAGAAAACACAUGAGAACACACACAGAAGAAAAACUUUACAAUUGCUCUCACUGCGGUAAAGGCUUCACUCAAAAGUCAGACAUGCAAAGACACAUGAAAACACACACGGGAGAAAAACCUUUCAGUUGCUCAGACUGUGGUAAAGGCUUCACUGUGAAGACACACAUGCAAUUACACAUGAUAAUACACACAGGAGAAAUACCUUUCAGUUGCUCAGACUGAGGUAAAGGCUUCACUGUUAAGACAAAUGUACUGUACAAUUACACAUGAGAACACAAACAGGAGGAAACACCUUUCAGUUGCUCAUUUAAGGUCACAUUUAAGGCACAGGUGAAAUCACACGUGAGGACACACAGGAGAAAAACGGUUUAGUUGCGGUGACGCAUUUUCUUUGAAGUCCAAUUUGAAAAGACACAUGCAGAUUCACUGACGGUCGACUGUUUGACUCGCCUGACUUCCAUGCAGCCACUGUGUUGUAAUAUUCUUUGCACGUGUCUUUGUUCAGUAAAUCCAUGUGGUUUUUAUGAAGGUGUAAAAGAAAGACACGGUCACUGCAGUGGUUUCAUUUGUAGUUAAAGGUGUUUUAUUUGACUGGAUGCUGUCAUCACUCAAUGCUGAAACUAAUGAAGUCACUUCCUGUUCCAUUACUGGAAAGUAGUGAUUGCAAAACACAAGGAAACUGGUGCUUCACUGGAAGGUGGGUCUGUUGUUGAAAUAAAACACCAAACUGCCACUCAUCACAUAGGAAUCUCUGGCUCUGUCUACACUGGACACAUUUUUUUCCAUUCAUUGAAUGCCAAAUAACAUUUCGCUGAGGCCCCGGUUGGUCAGGGGCGGCCCUGUUUGCUGGAUUCUGUGGAUUUGAACAAGUUUGAGCACUGGAAUUGCAAUCAGUGAGAUUUGAGUGCAUUGCCAAUGAAGGUGAUUGAACCCAAAUAUAGUGUGGAGGUCUGUGGUUGACUUUACCCAAUAUUAAACAUCACAUCACAGUAUGCUGCCCUCUGGUGGUAGCUGACGGUGAACUUGUACUCAUUCAGCUUGACUUUAGUGAAUUAUAUUCACUGGACGUUCACUUGAUAUCAGGCACUUUCCUUAUAUUGUCAGACACUGAAAUGAUUGUCACUUCCUGUCACGGAUAACCUGCGGUGCUGAAACGUGGCCCGUGUCGCCCCCUUGUGGUCUUCUUGUUGACUGCAAGGGACAUCAUCCACUAUGGUGAAUAAUAAAUAGUAAUAAUAAACAGCUUAUAUACAAAAUAUUGAUUCCAAAUUAAGUGUAUUGACGAAUAAACAGCAAAUGCCGAACAGAUGUGCAACGUUACAGACUUAACAUUUAACAUGAAGGACAAUUUAACAAGCAAGCACGACUCCAAUCUGUAAUAUAAUUGGAUAUAACUUGAUGAAUGCAUGCAGGGAAUUUGAACCAGCUUCCUUUGGCUUCCUUUCAGCAUUCACACAAUAACAAGGAAAAACCGCCACUAAUGAAAAGGUUUGCCACAACGUGCCAACACUGCCAUCGGCCUUUGGAGGACUUCCGUCUGUAGUAUUCUGAUAUACCACGUGAUGAAUGCACACGGGAUUUCAACUGUACGAGCCAUUUAAUUAUAAUGUGUAGUUUUUGUUAUUUAUGCAAGAUGCAUACUUGAAAUAUUGUUUGAAGUUUACAAUGGUAUUUAUUUUCAUUCAAGUGUUAAAAUAAUUACAUUGAUUAAAGGCUCCAUUCAGGUGUGCGGCCAUGUACAGUGUAUGUUGGGGGAGGUGCUGUGAGCAAAGAAGUGGAAGCUUGAGACUGCUGUGGAGCCACAUGGUUUUUUUUUUUGGUGCAACGAACAAUUUGUCUACAUCCUGACACUCUGGAAUAAAACAUUUUAAUUUCUGCAACUAUAUGGACUUUGUGUGGAUUACACCUUGAUUGGACACGAGUAAGCCAGGACUUCACACUGAGGCGUCACUCUGCACUUACAAUAGUAAAAAAAAACAUCUCCUCAUGGUACGCACUUUAUUUGGAACACCUGGACUUUGGAAGAGGACUUCGCUCAGGAGAAGUGGGGGCUCCUCAUCAACGCAAGUAAGUGCUUCAAGUGGAAAUGCAUAUUGUUAUGCUUAUUGCUUAUUAUUAUAUCGACCCGGUAACGACUUUAAAGACCUGUGAAUAUUUCUCUUUGUGGUGCGACUGUGAUGGAUUGGAACACUUUGCUGUGUCAAGCUAACUGCAGCUAGCAAGUGGAAAAGGCUUCUAAAUCAUGGAGGAUGAUAAAGAUUCAGCCACAGUGGAAAGGCGGCCGGUGAAACCCACAGUCAAGGCAAUGGAGGAUGCAUUACAAAGAAAAAUAGGUGCAAGGACGUCUACGUUGGCUCAACUGACAAGAAAAAAGAACACGUUGCUUCAUUUAAUGGAUGAUGAUGGAAAUUUGGAGUUGAUAAAAACCAAGCUGAGUGCCAAUUUUAACAAGCUCUUUGAUGAAUUUUGUGAGCUGAACAUUUCUGUGAAGGAAAUAUUUCAGCAGCUUGGAUCUGACGAUGCUAUGAAUAAUGAUCAACAGAAUUAGUUUAAACCAAAGGCAGAUUCAUUCAAAGACUUCAUUAACCAUGUUGCUGGUUGGAUGGAAGAUGUUUACAAACGUAUGGAGGAAGCAAGGAAAGUAAAUGAAAAUGUUCACCCUUCAGACAGCAUAUCAGAAGCAUCAUCUAAAAGGUCAAAAGGAUCGAAAAGUCGUGGUGGUUCUUCCACAUCCUCUUCAACUUCAGUACGUCUAACAGCAGAAUUGGAAUAGGCUGCACUUUCAGCAAAGGCAACAGCUCUCAAGAAAAGGCAAGCUUUAGAGGAACAAGAGAAUAAGCUUAAAGCCAAGAGGGAGGAGCUUGAGAUUCAGAUUGCUUUGGCAGCUACAGAAGCUAAACUCAAGGUUUUACAGAUGUUUGAGGAUUCAAGAUACAAGAGAGUUUUAUUGUCAUGUGCAUAGUAAAACAGCAGUUAUACCAUGCAAUGAAAAUCUUAUUCUGUUCAUUCUCCCAAGAAAAGAAAUAAAACAAAUGAAAGAAUAAGAACAUAAGAAACAUAAACACAUAAACAUAUAUACCAAUAAAUUAAGCAACAACAACAGAAGAGACAUUAAUACAAGCAAAUAAUACAAACAAAUAAAUAAAUAAAUAAAGUGCUAUGAGUGUGUGCGUGCGGCGUGUGCGAGUGCUUCGUUGAGGAGCCUGAUGGCCUGU